AUGUUUUCCUUCUUCUCCGCUUUCUUCUAUCCUCUUCCUCCUUAUUCUUCUUCUGCUCCUUGUCCUUCUUUUUCUUAUCCUCAUCUUCCUUCGUUCUCUUCUCCUUCUUCUCCACGUUCUUCUGUUUCUUCUCGUGCUCCUCCUCAUCUUGUUCCUUCUCCUCCUACUCCUCCUUUUUCUCCUUCUUCUUCUCCUUAUCCUCUUUUUCCUCCUACUUUUCCUCCUCUUCCUCCUUCUCCUCCUUUUCCUUCUUCUUCUUUUCCUUGUCCGUACUCUUCUCCUUCUCUUCCUUCUUCUAUUCCUUCUCCUAAUCCUCCUACUUCUUCUCCUUCUUCUUUUUCUCCUAUUUCUAUUUCCCCGUCUUCUCUUUCUGCACCUUAUCCUUCUUCUUGUCCUUCAUUUUCUUCUUCUUCUUUUUCUAUAGAAAGAAUAUUCUUGAGAGGAAGUGGAUCCUUAGAUGAUUGA